AGCGCGAGGAGGUAGUUGUUUCUCCCAUCACUAAAAAAACGGUGCUUACAGGUAACUGUGCAGGGAUUUUUGGGCUGAAAAGGAGUACCUGUGAAUCUUAACAUUGCUGCUGGGACGACUGAAUACAGGUUUGGCAAAGACAGCGGCUUACAUAUCCUGUGUUCGAGUGUAACUGCCAGGCCAGCAGAAAUAGGAGAAGUCAUUUGACACUGAUGUUUAAUUCAGGAUCUGCAGUCACUCCUCAAAGAAUGACUGGGAACCGUCGAGCUGCCCCGGCUGCACAGGGCACCCCUGCCACCCCAACCCACUUGUCAAAUGCGACAACCACCCCAGGCCAAAAAGAAUCUGGAGGCCACAGUCCCAAAAAGUUUAUGAGUGAACUGCGCAGCAUCCACAUGCCAUCAUGGGCUGUUGCUGCCCUCUGCACCGUGAGUUUGUGCGUGGUGCUGUCGUGUGCUGUUUGCGUGUGGAAGAAGUGCUUGAAGAAGAAGGACAAGGACAAAGAAAAGGACAAGAAAAAGGGAAAGGAGAAGAGCAAGGGAGGCUUUGACACCGAAAUGGAUGGAGGUUACAGUGAGCCGCCGAAGGAUGAUGGUAACAAAGAAACAGAGCUAUCAGAUAAAGAGCCCAAGGAGGAAGAGAAGCUGGGGAGGCUACAUUUCACAUUAGACUAUAACUUCACAGAGAAUACGCUGGUGGUAGGCAUCUUGCAGGCUACUGAACUUCCUGCGAUGGAUGUGGGAGGUAGUUCUGACCCUUACGUCAAAGUCUAUCUGCUCCCAGACAAAAAGAAAAAGUUUGAAACCAAGGUUCAUAGGAAGACCCUCGAACCCAACUUCAAUGAGACUUUCACAUUUAAGGUGCCAUACACUGAGCUGGGAGGGAAGACACUGGUGAUGACUGUGUACGACUUCGACCGUUUCUCAAAACACGAUGCUAUUGGAGCUGUGAGGAUACCAAUGAGCAGUGUGGACUUCAGCCAGACUCUACAGGAGUGGAGGGAUCUGCAGAAGGCAGAGAAGGAGGAGAGUGAACGGCUUGGAGACAUAUGUUUGUCCUUGAGGUAUGUGCCUACUGCUGGGAAGCUGACGGUGGUGAUUUUGGAAGCCAAAAACCUAAAGAAAAUGGAUGUGGGUGGAUUAUCAGACCCUUAUGUGAAGAUCCACUUAAUGCAGAAUGGGAAAAGACUCAAGAAAAAGAAAACAACGAUAAAGAAGAACACUUUGAACCCUUACUACAACGAGUCUUUCAGCUUUGAAGUGCCAUGUGAACAGAUGGAGAAGGUGCAGAUAGCAGUGACUGUGCUGGACUAUGAUAAGAUUGGGAAGAAUGACGCUAUUGGGAAGGUGCUCCUGGGCGCUAACAGCACUGGGAUUGAGCAGUGCCAUUGGUCAGACAUGCUGGCUAACCCCCGGAGGCCAAUUGCCCAGUGGCAUAGCCUCCAACCAGAGGAUGAAGUCAACGCACUGAUUUCCAACAAGAAAUGAAACUGUGACCUCAGAGGGCUAUGAAACCCUGCAGCAUUUACCUCAGCUACUUCCAUUUUAUGUUCCUUACCUAUCCCUCAAAUCCCUUAAAAAAAACUUUUAGCUACUUAACUAAGUAAAUUUACCCAAUAAUACCCUGUUUUACCCAUGACACUAUCUGAGUCAAGUCUUCCUUCGGUAAUUCCCACCCCAUGCUUCUACCCAAACUGCUACAAAGAGUUUAAAACAAAGAUGUAUCAUUAUGCACAGUGCUAUUAAACCAGAUGAGAUUUUUUUUAAA